GAAAGUUGACGUCAUUAAGCGGCUUAUUAUGUCAAAAUUGUAAGGUGUUUUAUCAUCCAUUAUCAAAAUUAUCUGUUUUCCAUUAAACUGUUCAGCAUGCGUGAACACCCAACAUUAGAAAAACAAGUUGUAAAAAAAUGCGGACACAUCGGUCAACAAAUUGCAUCUUCAAGCAGAAGCAGCAAAUCAGCAUAUUCCACAGCCCAAAAUGUCCUCAUUAGCGCGUUCCAAAAGACCGUCUCAAAUAUUCAAAAAAAAUGUCCCCACGUUAUGAACAGAAAUAGACAAAAUGUUGCUCAAGUAAAUAAAAAUCAAACCGGAAACAUAAUUAAGAAACCAUGCGGCCACAUUGCUAAUACGAAUACUAAUGCACAAGUGCUAAGAAUAAAUUGUCCUCACAAAAACAAGACACAGAGUCCCACUGUCCAAAACAGUACCAACUCAGAGGGUCAAAAUACGGUAAAUUCUCCUCAAUCAGCAAAACUUUCAGUCCAGUUUACUAACCAAGUGCAAGCCCCACAAAACAAAGUUGCGGAACCAAGUCCUCCUAAUAAUAAAAGCAAGGAUGUUAAAAGGGUGAAAAAUGCCUCUCCAGGAAGGCAAAAACCUCCUAAACCCACUCCAGCACCUCUAAAACCACCCCCAGGCGUCCCAAAAUCGGCAACCAACGAAUCCAUAACCGAGAUUUUUAAAAGAACAGUAACUGAAAAAUCCUCAAAUGAGGAGCCCACAAAUAGCGAAAAUCUAUCGUUUCAAAAGGUAACACAAGAGCUUGCAGAUAUAAUAAAAAAUUUCCAAAAACAAAUCCAUGAAGUUCCUAUUGCAAAAGCAAAGUUGGAAGAGAUUCCCUCUGCGAUGAUGCAACCGAAAAUUAAAGAAUUUUUCAAAAAAUCGGAACCUCCGGUACAGCAAAAUCAGCAAACAAAUAAAAAUCAAGCGGCGCAAAAUAAUAAAAGUGGGAAUAAUAAUAAUGGGAAUAAGAGUAAUCAAAACAAUAAUGGCGGAGUAAAGAAGCAAACGAGUUUGAGGAGUUUUACUCCGAGUAAUAACACUAUGGCAAAUUCUAGCAGUGUCAGAAGAUUUUCCUCGUCAACCAACCACGCUUUGACCCUAAAAUCGAGUUCUUCGAGUACUACGAGCAGCAGACUUUGCAAACGCUCAAGUUUCUUCAACGUCGAUCCUCUAAAACAGUUAAAAGACGAAGUUCAUAAAGCAAUCCGAGACCGAAAAACUUUUACGGUCCGAGGCCAUUUUAGGCCGAUACGAAAGGCUCUCCUCGAGAGAGGAUGGGUUGAAAAAUUUCACGUUUCAUACAAAGACCAAUUAAGCGAAGAUUUAAAACGUUACCAGAAUUAUUCAAUCAACGAAUUGCUGCCUCUAAUGAGACGAGAAGACUUGACAAACCUUUGCAAGAAUUUAAUCAAAUCGAAAUUGUUAGGAGGCUACCAGGUUGACUUUUACUGGGGAACCAACGAUGACGCUUUUAAAGAAAAUCCCGAUAAAAUAAAGUAUACGAUGAUAAAUAAAUUAAAACGCGAGAUUUUUAGUUAUACGAAUAAGCAAGGAUUGUGCGAUGCCAGUAAAAAUUCUUACUGGUACCAAAAAUCUGAUGUCGCGAAAUUGAACCAUCCCAGGUCUUACAGUUUAGGAAAAAAUGGUGAUUUGAAGGGGUUUGUCGAUGAUUUUAACGUAACCGCCGCCAUGUCUCUGCUCAAAUGGGUGGUCAAAGUCAACAUGACCAAAGAGUCAAAACUAUUGAGCCCCAGUGGGAAAAUACCACUUGAAACGUUCGAUUUUGCCUUAAAUGAGUGUUGCAAGUUCAUUAAAAAGGGGCGUCACGAGGACAUCGAUGUGCAAAUACCGGAAGCUACGGAAAACGAAUGGAACCAGUUUUUGGAAUACUUUUACAAGAUUGUGCACUAUAGUAACCACUUUAAGAGUGAAGGAACUGAGACUGAGGAUUCGUUGGUCCGAAAGUCGAAUUACAUUUUAAACAGUUUGAGGGGUUUUUAUCCGUUUCUUGAUAUGGACGGGAUGAUGAAUAUUUGGAUUUUGAAACCGACGGCCAGCAGUAGAGGAAGAGGAAUACACAUGUGUAGGACUUUGCAGUAUGUUUUGAAAAUUGUCAAGCAAAACUCUAAUAUUAGAUACAUCAUCCAGAAAUAUAUCGAGCGCCCCCUCCUCAUAUACAACACCAAAUUCGACAUAAGACAGUGGUUUUUGAUCAGCAAUUGCAGUCCACUAACAAUAUGGAUGUACAAAGAGUGCUAUUUGCGCUUCAGCUCGCAGACCUACAACCUCCGCAAACUGCACGAAUCCAUCCACUUGACAAAUAAUUCGGUUCAGUGUAAAUACAAGAACGCCUCGUUGGACACGGCACUGCCGAGUUACAACAUGUGGGACUCAAACGAUUUCCAGAGAUACUUGGCAAAUAUCGGUUAUCCAAACUCUUUCAAAGACAUAGUUUAUGCCGGAAUGAAGCAGAGUAUAACUGCUGCGGUAAUGAUGCAUCAGGAUAAAAUGGUCGUUCGACGAAAUUCUUUCGAGUUGUACGGCGCCGAUUUUAUUUUGACUGAAGAUUUUCAACCCUGGUUGCUGGAGAUUAAUUCGAAUCCGGCCCUGUUCGCGUCGACGCCGGUGACGGCGAGGAUGUGCCCGAAGGUGCUGGAGGAUGUUGUCAAAGUUGUUAUCGAUUAUGGUCACAAUAAUAAAGCAAGUACUGGAUUGUUUGAAUUAAUAUACAAGGAACCAUUAACAAAAUUGCCUCCACCUGCAACUUUGGAACUCAAAGGUUUGCCGCUGCAAAGCAACUACUUUUUCAAUGCUCCAGAUCAAAAACUGAAUGAAGAAUUUAGUGGAUUUACAUUUAAUAACAGUAAUAAUAGUGCCUUAGUGGUUGACGAGGCCCAGGAUUGUUUGAAGACGUUUGGUGAAGAGAUUAAGAAAACGUUAAAGAACUUGUUGCAGAUUAUACAUAAUGAGAAAGAAAAACGUGAGGCGAAGCUAAAUCAGAAUCUUAAGAGUGUUACUGUUUGAAUAACAAAAAAUAUUAUUUUGUGGAAGUUCUCAUCAUUUUAGGGUCUAAAAUUAAAAGAUGAUUAAGUCCUAAAUCAGACUUAUUAAUAGAAAAAAUAAAAUAAAUACAAUGUGUUUUAGAACUCA